ACUAAAUAUUCUAUCGGAACUAAAUGACGCCAGUUUUGUUUGAGGUCGACUUGUUAUGGACGAGACGUAACCGGAUGGAAGUCAGCUGACUGCUAAGAAUCCGCUUAUUGAAGAAGCUUACGCCGUUCAGUAAUCGAAGUAUUCGAUAAUUAUUCCACAUUUUGGUUUGAUACUUUCAGAAACAGACAUGAUUAAAGCCAUAUUGAUUUUUAACAACCACGGGAAGCCGCGGAUGAUCAGAUUCUAUCAGUAUUUUGCAGAGGACAUGCAACAGCAGAUAAUUCGGGAGACUUUCCAUUUGGUGUCUAAAAGAGAUGACAAUGUUUGUAACUUCUUGGAGGGUGGAAGUCUCAUUGGUGGCUCAGACUACAAGUUGAUUUACCGGCACUAUGCCACGCUUUACUUUGUCUUCUGUGUGGACUCGUCUGAGAGUGAGCUCGGCAUUUUAGACCUGAUUCAGGUGUUUGUGGAAACACUGGAUAAAUGCUUUGAAAAUGUGUGUGAGCUGGACCUCAUAUUCCACGUGGACAAGGUCCAUUAUAUCUUGCAGGAGGUUGUGAUGGGGGGCAUGGUGCUGGAGACCAACAUGAAUGAAAUCGUAGCUCAAGUUGAGGUUCAGAACCGUCUGGAAAAGUCAGAGGGCGGUCUGUCAGCGGCCCCCGCUCGCGCCGUCUCUGCUGUGAAGAACAUGAAUCUGCCCGAGAUUCCCCGCAACAUCAACAUUGGAGACAUCAAUAUCAAAGUGCCGAGCCUCUCCCCAUUCUGAGGAGCGUUCCAGGGGAGUCCCACAGGGCUGGUGAACCGUACGGUCGGAGCAGUCCUCCUCCACCCAGCUCUGGUCAACGUGGACACCGUGUUAUUAUUAUUAUUUUUUUAAUUUAUGUACUACUGAACCACAGCAGCUCACUCUCCCCUUCAUUCCAGUCUUAUCACAUCUAAUGGAGAAGAGCUGUGGACUGGUUAGAGCUCUACUGAACGUUUUGCACAAUACUGUAAAAGUUUUGAUUCUUUACAGCAUCAACAGUCAUUCUAUGUAUUUUCUGCCACUCUUCAGGUCCUUUCAAUCAGUUACUUAGUCUUUCCAGA